CUGAUGUCACUUCCCUUCAUACCACGCAAUGUCGCGACAAAAUCCAAGAAAAUACAAUCGACGAAGGGCAGAGAUGUGGAUAUACCCACUGCCUCUUCUUCUCGAACCAUCCCACUGCCGGUAGGCAAAGGCAAAGAGCCAGAAAAACCCAAUAUCGACGGACCUGCGGCAGUUCACAAGCCCAAUUUUUCGGACAAAGAGUAUGCCUCCCUCAUUUACUUAGCGCUCUCCGACUUUGCACUAUUUUCUGAUCCAGACCUUCGGCGUAAAAUUGAUGAAGGAGAAGAUGGGUUCGUCUCGUUACUUCAUGUUCUGAAGCACGCUCUUCAUGGGAUCCUAUUUUCCGAAUCAGAGACAGCUGUUGCCAGGGCUCUGCGUUCUGAGGCUACUGAUAGCAUAGAAGUCAGGAUGGUGUUCUCUGGGCCGUCGUGGUCAGGGCAAGGGUCGUCUAAAAACAGUGGGAUGUUCGAGGUGCGGAGAAUGGAGUCUCUUCAAAACAAGUUUACAAGGGAGGAUUGGAGGGAACGAACGUUAUACAUUGAAAAUAUACUAAUUCAAUAUACAUCCCUCCUUGGAGUCUUCCAUCUUAUCCAAGUGCUACUCACGAAGACUACUAAUACCACACCAAUCUUCAAUCGUAUACAAGGCAUCUCCUUCCCUCCGCAUCACCUCGACAAACCAGGCGACACUCCAAAAUGUAAAGGCUUCGCUCUCGUCGCACUCCUCGACGCCGAAGACGCGCAGCGGUUUCUUCACGAGUGGCCAUGGGCUCCCGCCGUUUCUCCCAACGAAGUCAAACCGCCAAUCUCAGAAUUCCAAGAAGCUGUCAAGUUCGGCUUCCGAACGAUGUCCAAAACGCGCUGGGACGAAAUGAAGGAUGAAUACCUUGCGUAUCGUGCACGGCUGGUGAAGGAAAUAGUGGCGUACCCUGCUCGUGCGAGACGUUAUAUCUAGAAGGACUGGGAGCAGGAGGUUACGUGGCAUGGGAGCUACAAUCGUAUGACGUGGAAGAGCUCUCACAUUACCAGGUCGAUGCUGGAGAACA